AUGAAUUUGAUGUCUAUUGCAAAAACGCUGAUGAAAAAAUGGUUUCUUCUAUCCCCUGCCUAUUUCAUCGUUUUCAUUUUAUCUUGGUUUGGUCUUGGUGCCACGCCAAUUCCGAUUGCACCCUUUUUUAAUCUUCCAUUAAUCUUAAUUCUUGUUCGAACCAAACAUUCAGAAGUAAAUGUUUUCCCCCUAUUUUUUACUAUUGCAAUUGGUGCAGGACUUUCAUACCACGAACCCAAAUCACCAUUCGGAAAUUAUUAUGACGAUUUCAAAAUUCUGGCAGCAGUUGGCUGCAUCAUUUCAACUUGUACAUUAGUUCCUAUGGUAAUAUCUAAUAUUUUAUUAACUCGAACCAAAAUAACAGAAUACACCGACCACAUCUGGAUCAUCUUUCCGCUGCUCUGGACAACAACGUGGUCUUUAAUUCGCAGAUAUUCUCCAUUAGGUUCAUGGGGUGACUGGGCCUAUGCUAUAUAUAAUGUAGGAUAUACUGGUGAUCCAAUGAUGCAAAUGACCAGCAUUGGUGGUCUCAGCAUUAUUAAUCUGUUUCUUUCUUUUUACGCUCAAUUUGUGGCGGAUUAUAUGAUAUACACUCAUAAAAUUAAAAGAAUGGAUACUCAACAGAAUAAUGAAGCUUUACCAUAUACAGAAGAAACUCCUUUAUUAGAUGGGUACAAUAAUAGUUCGACAAAUAAUCGAGUUAAAAAGCUAUCAGAACAAAACUGGUAUUUUAUGAUUGCAUUAGGUAUUCUGUUCCUAGCUUUGUUUGUUAAUGGUUCGUAUAGGCUUCAAUACAUAGAAGAUAACAGUGAGCCAUUGAAGACUAUAACAAUUGGUUGCGUUUUACCUACAAAUGAUAUUUCAAUAGAAGAUUUACUUAAAAGUUCCGAUACUCUUGCAAAUAAUCAUAAUAGCAAAAUUGUGCUUUGGUCAGAAUCAGCAAUUAGCAUCCGGACCCCAAAAGAGUUUGAUGAUAUGAUUAGUAAAGCAAAGAACCUAACAGCAAAAAAACAUUUUUUCCUCGGCAUAACUUAUACGAUUCGAGAUGAUGUAAACAGCCACCAGAAAAAAAAUAUGUUAACAUUAAUUGGUCCGGAAGGUGAUAUAAUAUUUAAUUACCAGAAAGUUCACCCUGUCCCACUUGUAGAAUCUUACUACAUUAACGGUGGACAAAAUGAUCCACCUAUCAAAAACAUCACGUUCCCAAAAACUAAACGUGAUGAUACUGCGAGCAUGAUCGUGAGUGGGGCGAUCUGCCUAGAUAUGGACUUUCCAGAACUACUUGGAAAAGCUGCAGAAGCAUAUUUGGUACUUUCACCAGCGCAAACAUGGUCUGCGCAUAUUGGUCUUCAACAUUUGAAAAUGGCAUCUGUUCGGGCAAUUGAAAACGGAUACUGGAUUUUAAGAUGUGAUGGGAGUGGUGCUUCGGGGCUCGUUGAUCCCCUAGGCCGUAUUCGACAUCUAGAAAUAUCAACGAAUACGAAGAAUACACAACUAUUUAGUUGGGAUAUUCCACUUGAAGAACCUAAAAUUGAAACUGUCUAUUCAAAAUGGGGUGAAUAUUCAGUGUGGGGAACUAUAGUUUUACUUUCGGUUUUGAGGGUAGGCUGGAUAGCCUCAUGGUUUGCGUUCCCCGAUAAUAUGGAUAAUAUGUGGGAUGCUGGCGUUAAGAUAAUUAAAGAUGGACAACAGUGGGUCCAACAAAAAUAUGAUGAAGUAUUUGACGAUCGUCGCAAUAUUCAAUAA